AUGAGUCCAGAUGAAAAUACAUGUAAUGAGCAAUCGUCCUUCGUAAAAAGGUCUUUGAUUGAUGCUGGUUUCCUUAUUAACGAGGAGAAGUCUGUUUUUAAACCUGUUACCGAGUUAGAAUGGUUGGGAAUAGUUUGGAACUCGAAAGAAUACAAAUUAUCUAUUACUCAACGUCGAGUUGACGAUUUGAUUUUCUCAUUGAAUGUCAUUUUGGCUAAAUUUCCCUAUGUUACAGCUAGAUAUUUAGCUCAGGUUGUAGGUAGAAUUAUUUCUAUGACUCCCGUAAUCGGAAAUGUGGCUAGAAUUAUGUCAAAGUUCUGUUACAUGGAAAUUGAAAGUAGAAUUGGGUGGGAUAUUCCCAUUACAGGGUACAAACCCGUCGAGGUUUUAUCAGAGUUAAAGUUCUGGUUAGAAAAUGUCACCAUGAUUAACUAUCGUAAUUUAUGUCAUUACAGUAAAUCUUCUGUUGUCAUAUACUCAGAUGCUAGUAAUAUUGCCGCUGGUGCAUACACCGUUGAAUUAGAAAAUAAGAUUUUCCAUAAGAUGUGGACAUGUAGUGAAACGGUACAAAGCUCCACAUGGAGAGAGCUGAAAGCUAUAGAGUUGGCCCUUUUUUCUUUUAAGAAUAGUUUCACAGGAAAAACUAUAAAGUGGUUUACUGACAAUCAAAAUUGUGUCAAAAUUGUUAAUUCGGGAAGUAUGAAAGAAAAUCUUCAUGUUAUAGCAAAAUCUAUUUUUUCAUUUUGCAUUCAAAAAGGAAUAUCAAUUGACAUUCAAUGGAUUCCCAGAAAAGAAAAUGAAAAGGCUGAUUAUAUCAGCAAAAUGGUUGAUUUCGAGGACUGGGGAGUCACACAUAUAUUUUUCAAUUUUUUAAAUGAUAUGUGGGGUCCUUAUUCGAUUGACAGGUUUGCAAGUGUCGAAAAUAGAAAAGUUAUGAGAUUUAACUCCUUAUUUUGGCAACCUGAUUCUGAAGCAGUUGAUGCAUUUUCUCAAGUUUGGACCAAUGAAAAUAAUUGGCUAGUUCCACCAAUUAAUCUUGUGAUACGAUCGAUUAAACACAUUAUAGCUUGUAAAGCUCGAGGCACGUUAGUUGUGCCUAAGUGGAUUUCUGCUGCAUUCUGGCCUUUGAUAUUCGAUAAACAUCUGAUUUAUCAAGAUUACGUAAAAGAUGUUAUUGUGUUUAAAAAUACUGAUGGUAUUUAUAAGCAAGGUUCGAAUAAGAAUACGAUAUUCGGAAUUGAACCGUUUGGUUCGCAAGUUUUGGCUGUUUUGCUAGAUGCAUCUUAG